GUUCCCGUAGCUGUGAACAAGCCUGUCUAGAACGCUGUAGCGAGCCACACAGAAGGGAUCUCACGGUUAACUCUUUGUGCCGAUUAUAACCUGCUGGUGGACUACAAAUGUUUUGACCUUCAUUUAUAUAGCUAGAGGGUCGACCUCUCAAAUUCGACUAUUCGGGGGAAAAAGGGACAAGAACGUGUUGUCGAUACCUUACUGCAACAUUUUGUACGAUUUAUAAGUGAUCUUGUAAAGACAGCUGGCCACGUCCUUCAUUUUAUCGGAUCUGGGAACUAACGUUAGCUAGCUAGCUGUCCUAGCUACUGUUCUGUUACGGCGGUGGUUUGGGAAAACCUUACGCACUGAGAGGUUUCACCCAGGAAUGGAUACUGGAGUUGUCACUGAAAAGAAAAGGGUGAGCUCGGAGCGCAGGAAGGAGAAGUCCAGGGAUGCAGCUCGAAGUCGCAGAGGAAAAGAGUCUGAAGUGUUUUAUGAGCUAGCACGCCAGCUGCCCCUGCCCCACAAUGUCAGCUCCCACCUGGACAAAGCCUCUAUCAUGAGGCUCACCAUCAGCUAUCUGCGAAUGAGAAAGCUUCUGAGCUCUGAUGAGACUGAAGAAGAGUCAGAACUGGAGAGCCAGCUCAAUAGCUUCUACCUAAAAGCCCUGGAGGGCUUCCUGAUGGUGCUGUCAGAGGAUGGAGAUAUGGUCUAUCUCUCCGAAAAUGUCUGCAAGUGCAUGGGCCUUACACAGUUUGAUUUGACUGGUCACAGCAUUUUUGACUUUGCACAUCCUUGUGAUCAUGAAGAGGUGAGGGAGAUGUUGGUGCACAGAACAGGGUCCAAGAAAACCAAGGAGCAUAACACAGAACGCAGCUUCUUCUUGCGCAUGAAGUGCACACUCACUAGCAGAGGACGCACUGUCAACAUCAAGUCUGCCACAUGGAAGGUUCUUCACUGCAUGGGGCAUGUACGUGUCCAGGAACAUGAUGAAAGUUCAGGAGACGCUGGCUUCAAAGAACCACCGGUCACCUAUCUGGUGCUGAUCUGUGAGCCUAUCCCCCACCCCUCGAACAUCGAGGUACCUUUGGAUAGCAAAACCUUCCUUAGCCGCCAUACUCUGGACAUGAAGUUUUCAUACUGUGAUGAGAGAAUCACAGAGCUGAUGGGUCAUGAGCCGAAUGACCUGAUGAAUAGAUCUGUGUACGAAUAUUACCAUGCCCUGGACUCUGACCAUCUUACCAAGACACACCACAAUUUGUUUGCGAAGGGCCAAGCCACCUCAAGCCAGUACCGAAUGCUGGCUAAGAAGGGAGGCUAUGUGUGGGUUGAAACCCAGGCUACUGUCAUCUACAAUCCCAAGAAUUCUCAGCCACAGUGCAUUGUGUGUGUCAACUACGUUCUCAGUGACAUCGAGGAGGGAGAUAUGGUCCUCUCCUUGCAGCAGACAAAGAUCGAGCCAGAGGCGGCUGAAAACGAGGAGCUGAAGAUGGAGAAGCAGGAAAACUCUGAGCUUGACGUAGAUAUGGAUGCAGAUGUGGACGUGACAAAGCUUUUCAAAAGGGAUCUGUGCUUGGAGGGGAGUGCCGAGAGCCUGUACGAGAAGCUGAAGGAGGAACCCGAGGCUCUCACUGUGCUGGCCCCUGCGGCUGGAGACACCAUCAUCUCUCUGGACUUCACCUGCCCAGAAGUGCCCCUCUACAAUGAUGUCAUGCUGCCCUCCACCAGCGAAAAACUUCCUUUGCCUCUGUCUCCAUUAGCUCCCAGCGAUCCUCCUCCAGCUCUGACCAAACUAGAGUCUGGUGGAGAGGAUUUUUCCUUUCCUUCUACUUCCAGCACCCCAGACACUGCCAACACUCCUCCUAGUUCCAGCACUGGGCCCAACUCCUCAGAGCCCAACAGCCCCAUGGAUUACUGUUUCCAGGUGGAUUCAGAUCAUUCUGAUUUCAAACUGGAUUUGGUUGAGAAACUGUUUGCAAUCGAUCCAGAGGCCAAGACCACAUACAGAACCCAAGAUAUGGGUGAUCUCGACCUGGAGAUGCUUGCUCCAUAUAUUCCAAUGGAUGAUGAUUUCCAGCUGCACAUCCCCUCACCUCUGGACUCGCUCACUUCCAGCCCUGCUGUGUCAGACAUUAACACCCUGUUCCAGCCCUUGCCCACCCCUUUAUCUCCAGCAUCCAGCUCCUGCAGCUCACUAAAGCAGGAGUCUGCUUCACAUGUCCCUUCACCUCUGCACAUGUUGCAGGAGGUGCGAAGUGCACCCGUCUCGCCCUUCAGCGGGAGCCGGAGCCGUGAGGCUUCCCCAGCCCGCUCCCGCACACCUCAGGGUGGCGUCUCUCUAACUAGCAGAGUGGAGCUUUCUCCAAAGGUUAUAGCCCUCCAGAAUGUCCAGCGCAAGAGGAAACUGGAAGAGGUUACCUCACUCUCUCAAGCUGUCGAGCUGGGUGCUUUGCUCCAGUCUGUGGAUGAAGCGGUAGAGCCAGGAAAGAGAGCCAAGGUACUGGAGGUUAAAGGCUCAAGUUUGCUUGGAGGGAACAAGACCAUUCUUAUACUGCCAUCUGAGGUUGCCAGUCGUUUGCUGUGCAGUUCAUUUGAGAGCAGCAGGGGAUUGCCACAGCUGACACGCUAUGACUGUGAGGUCAACGCUCCUAUUCAGGACCGUCACCCACUGCUGCAAGGGGAAGAACUGCUGCGUGCUCUGGACCAAGUUAAUUGAGCUGUGCUCUGCUUUGCAAUACUGGACACUGCUCCUCUUUACCCUACCACUCACCUAAAGUAGAACCACAACUCUGCUUCCAUCUACUUUUCAUCUCCCCAAUUGCUCAUUAUGUAUAUUUUUUUUGUACUUUUUCUGUUUUUAAUGUCUGCUAACUGACCUCAUGUUCCAUAGUUCUUGGUGGAUGUCCCUUCCACAAAAUCCUGAUGGAGUAUUGGAAGUAAGUUUUCUGUUCCAGUGGAGACAUAGGAGUGUAACUUUAAUGUAGUAGUGGUCUCCAGAGUGACCAAGAGCAGGUUAAGAGCCUUAAUGCAAACGCACACUCCCCUCUACAGAUAUUCAGUUGUCUGACUCCCUCUGGACCCCUUUUGUUGCCUCAGAACCCCUCCCGCUUUUGUGUAACCCCCAAAGCAUUGUGUAUUGUAGCUAAAGUCGCACAAUGAUCUAUUUUCUUAAGGCAGAAUACCAGCAGUUCAUGCAAUAUACAAAACCAUUUUUACAAAUAUGUACUUUUAACAAAAAAGAAUAACCAUAUUAUUUUCGUUGUUGCUUUUCUCAUCUAUCAAGUUUGUUUUCAAUGGUUAAGUUUAAGAAUUGUGUGUGUUUAUUCAGGCUUAACAGUGAAUACACAUUCUCAUUGAUGUGGACGCAUAGAUCAGCAGUUUAUUUUAGAAUGGUGCAUAUGAAUUGUAAAGGUAACUGAGAGUCCUUAACAUGCAUAAGGGAAUUCAAAAGAAUUGAGAUUUUGACAUUUCUGGCAAAGUGCAAAUGUCUAAGUCAUUGUUUUUAUCUCAAAGAGGUUGAAACAUGUAGAAUUGAAUUAUGCGAUAGAUUUUUAUAUUUUUAGUAGUCCUUUUUUUUUCCCUCUUUGCAUCUUCAUAAUAGAUGCUUAGAAGUAAUUCAUGCUUGUCCGAUAGAUAGGUUUUAAUAUUAUGCUUAUAAAGCGUGUUGUAGAGUGAUCAUGCCAAGCAGAUGCAUCAGUUAUUCAAUUUUUUAAUGUUUAAUGGCAUACGAGACAUGAAUGCUUAGGCAUAAACAGAGGUAAUAUGUUUUCAUGCUCUUCCAUCAUUGUCAAGUCUAUACAAGGUGACAAUGUCAUGCAAAUAUGACAUUUUAUCUUAUUUUACAGUAGGAUGAUGUUCUUUUGUUGUUGUCCUAUUGUAAUCUACUGUUCAUUUAUUUCUGCAGUCUGAACACCUGUAUUUCCUUAACACUAAACCUAUUGUUUAUUGCAUAAUAAAGGACAAUUGUGGACCAGA